AUAUGAUGAUAUUCCAAGUGUAUCAACGCCGAUAAUUGACGAAUCUCGUCAAUCCGAUUAUAUGAUCGAGAAUCACCGCAAAUUACUAGAAUCUAGUUCAAAAUACCCACCAUUAACUGUUGAACAGCAGAUUCAGCGAGCUCAAAAAAAUCCUGAAAUAUAUCCGCCGGUUCACGUAGUAAAUACAUUUUUCUACACGAAACUAAUGCAAAAUGGAUUCGGAGUUGUAGCAGGAUGGUUCACCCCACGGCCAAAUAAAAAGAAAAAGGAACUGAGGGAUUUCUUUAUAUAUCUGGCCAAACAAACUAAUAAUCAGCAUUUCAAGUUUGCUGAAUGGGAAAUUAGCACGGGAAGUAUAAUGAAUGAAAAUGAAAAUGUGGAGGUUGAAGACGAAGAUAGUUUUGAAGAGCACUUAGAAAAUAUGGGACAAGUUACAGAAAUACUUUGCGAUUUCGUAGUAGAACACAUUCAAGUUCAGGCAGCUUUUGUACGACAAAGCGAAAGAAAAUUGGCAAAAGGUAAAAAAAAGAAAAAGUGCAUUCUCAUAACUGCUGCCAUUCAAACUUGUGGAUUCUCAUUA